UGGGACUACAGGCGCCCGCCACCACGCCCAGCUAAUUUUUUUUGUAUUUUUAAAGUAGAGAUGGGGUUUCACCGUGUUAGUCAGGAUGGUCUCGAUCUUCUGACCUCGUCAUCCGCCCGCCCCGGCCUCCCAGAAUGCUAGGAUUACAGGCGUGAGCCACCGCGCCCGGCCUAAUUUGACUUCUUUAAAAAAAAAAAUUAGAGUCGGGGUCUCACCCUGUUGCCCAGGCUGAUCUUGAAUCCUGGCCUCAAGCAAGGCUUCCACUUUGGCCUCCCAGACUGCUGGGAUUACAAGCGUGAGCCACCGCGCCCAACACAGGUUACGGCUCAAAACUUGACUAAAUUGACUUUUGGGAAUCUGGAAGGACCUCCCGAACUGAAAAGAGCCGCGGCGUUGCCCUCUCUUCAUCCCCAUCACGAACAACAGUUCGUUUGGAGGCUGCAGGCUGGGCUUUGAGUAAGAAGGGGAAAAAAGCCAUUGGUCCUCAAAUCCACCCAUCUCCAUUAGCAUCUUAAAAUAAUACCGACCCCCCAAAAAUAAAUAAAAUAAAAAAUACUCUUGGCAGUGCCAUGGGAUUCCCACCCAAAUAAGCAGAACAAGCCCAUGAAAUUUCCAUUCCAAAAGCAUGGCCCUUCCCUCGGCUCCUCCCAUGCAAAGAAAUUCUGGAGCUAUCUCCGAGGCAGCAGUGAUGGAAACACGAGCUUGCAGCUCUCCAAGAAAGUAUGUCCCUCCAUCCCUGGUGAGAAGCAUUGACAGAAAAUAGAAUACAUCUUUGGCGAUGUGUCCUCUACUUCACAAUACUCUAUGAGCUUCCUCUCGGCCCUCUCCCAGCCAAGACUCAGAGAUAAGGCCCAGGGAGUCCUGAGAAAAAAGACACUUCUCCAGUAUCACACAGCAAAACAGCAGACCAUGGACUUGAAAGUGGGUGAGGAAACAGAGGCUCUGGGAGCUCUCGCCUGAAGCCAUUCGCUGUCCGCUGGGCCGGUGGCGCUCACCCUGCACCGCGCUGCCCUGCCCGGGGCACUAUGGCCUGGGGCUGGACUAUGCCCUCCCCACCUCACCCGGCGCCCCCCACCCACGCGCGCUGAGGGUGCGGUGAGCUGAGCGCGGGGCCAAGCAUGUUCCGGCGUCGACCUCGCCCAGGGGCCCAGGAGGUGGCGCCCAAGGGGCUCCCUGGCGACGGCGACUUCCAACGCAGCAGCGACCCGCGGCUGCCCAAGCUGACCCCGCCUGCGCUCCGAGCGGCCCUGGGCGCGCGGGGCUCCGGGGGCUCGAGGAUCCCGGGAGGCGGCGCUGCGUGGUGGCCGGAAGGGGACGCCGAGCCCGGGGUGGGCUUCGGACGCCUCCCGCCGCCGCGCCUGCCCGCCCUGCUCACUGCGAGCCGGCGGGCGGUGCGGAAGCGGGGGCUGCUGCGGUCCCUGCUGCUACCUCCCCUGCUCUCGGCCGGCGCGUCCCAGGAAUCGGCGCCCAGGAAGCCCGGGCCUGGAGAGCGUGAGCGCCCCCGGAGGGGCGUGGCCAGGGAAGACCCCGACUUCUUGGGCGCCUUCCUAGGAGAGCUCCUCCCCAGCAGGUUCCGUGAGUUCCUGCACCACCUCCAGCAGAAGUGCGCCGAGGAGCCCGAGCCACUGACAUCCCCAGCACCACAACAUCAAAGUGGUGUGUUAGAGCACUGCCCAGGGUCUCCGCAGUGUCCCAACUGUUCAUUCCUUCCAGACCUAUGGGGCCAGUCAUCGCACCUCCAGGAUAGUCUUACGAAGAUUUCGCUCCAUCAGACACCUACUCUGGGGUCCCUGAAGGGUCAUCACUCACAAUUCACCACUGUCAAAAAGGCCAACCACAGGCCCCACGGUGCACAGGUCCCCAAGCUCAAGGCUGCACUGACCCACAACCCCUCGGGGGAAGGCUCUAAGCCCCGCAAGCGGCGUUGCCCUUUCCGGGUGCGAUUCGCUGACGAGACCCUGCAGGACACAACGCUCCGCUACUGGGAGCGCAGAUGCUCAGUCCAACAGAGCGUCAUUGUGAACCAGAAGGCUGCCCUGCCAGUGGCGUCGGAGCGGGUGUUUGGGAGUGUCGGAAAACGGCUGGAGAGUUUGCCCAAAGCCCUGUACCCUGAGGCCAAGGAGGAGACCCUGGCCAGCUCCUGGUCCACCCAGAAGACACAGGGCUAUCUUUCUGAGGACACCACCAUGAACAGCAGCGUGCCCUUCUGUUCAGGGAAGAAGGGCGCUGCUCAGAGACCGCGAAGCGGCCUCCGAGCCUUCUUGGACCCGUACGGCAACCUGGAGCAGGUGGGCAAAUGUCGGUCCUGAAGCAAGGCCGCCCUAAGGGGUACCAUCUCCUCCUGGCCUCCACAACACUGCAGCCAGAUCAGAGGUGAACACCCGCGAGCCCAAGGCCAGGGACACACAUGGGCCAGGCAAUGAGGAGCGUCCUUCCUUGCCCACAAAUAAAGGCACAUCCCAGGUGGCUGGGACCUGCCAGUAGGUCUCACACAAGCCUUUCUGGGUACCUGA